AUGCGGGCCAUUGAAACGCUUUCGAUGUUGUUAGAGAAGACGAGCUGUGAAAGAAGGAAUGAAAGAAAACUGCCCCUUCCUCAAGCUCCACAGCAGCUAUCCGCCAAGCUCUUAUGGAUACGUGAUGUUGAGAGAUACGAUGAAAGUGCUCACUGGUAUCUGAUGGGGUCAAGUUCUGGAUCUCCAGCCCAUAUGGAUUGCGAAGCUCAACAGUGUCUCUACAGAGUCCAAUUGUUGAGAAUUAUCCAAUCCACGACAUACCGCUGCUCACGCAUGGCAAACACACCAUGGGAUUUGCUCUGCAUAUCUAAUUGCCAUUCCCACAUACCGUUGCUAUUGCCUUCUAAAGAUUCUCUUCCUGACAAUCACGGCAGACAAAGAAACGGGGAUAAUAAUGGCCACGCCGGAAGAAAAGAACUUCAGUCCAUUCGUACAGAGGCUUUGUCAGGGCUCCGUAAAGUGGGAGGAGUGCGCCCAGAACACAACCUGUCGCUCAGAGCUAUCGCCAUCGGAAAUUCUAUCGUGGCUUUUGGACAUAUCGACUGUGACGCAUAUUCAACAAUGGCUCUUGCUGUUGACGUGAAAUAG